AAUAAACAAAUGAAACAUUUCUUCUAGACUACAUUGUCAUAGUCUAGAAUGAUAGAUCUAGAUUCUAGAUUAUACUAUGAUAUUUAAAGAUAUCUAAAUUUCUAUUUUAUAGAUCUAGAUUUAAAAAAUAAAUCCAUCUAGAUCUAGAAUCACGUAUCUCUACACUUUGUCUGAAGAGAGAUGCAAAGCAAAUUAGAUCUACAUCUAGAAUUCAAUAUAAAAAUGAACAAUUUACAAUUUUGCUCUGGAUUGAUUGGUGUUAUACUUUUAGCCAAGCUAGCUCCUAGCAUUGGCAACAAGGGAGGCAUACUCCAUCCAGAGAUAACCAGCAAAUAUUUUGCAGUUUUUCUUUUGUUUUUUAUUAAUGGAGUUACACUUCCAAUAGAGACACUCAAAGCAGCCCUGUUUAGAGUAGAUGUUCAUUGUCUCAUUCAAGGAUUUACUUUUGUUGUGUUCCCUGCUUUUAUGUACAUCCUGGUCAUGAUGCUACAUUAUUCAUUCCUUCAUCCUGCCAUCUUGGAUGGAAUGAUUAUACUGAGUGUUAUGCCUCCACCAGUAUCUUCUGCUAUUAUGAUGACCAAAGCAGUUGGGGGCAAUGUGGCAGCAGCAUUAUUUAAUUCAGCCUUUGGCAGUAUGAUGGGAGUUUUUAUCACACCUUCACUAAUUAUGCUGCUAUUUGGCCGUUCUGAAAUAGAAGUUCCCACAGAAAUAAUUAUCAAGCAGCUUUUUAUUACUGUUGUAGUUCCUGUUGUACUGGGCCAGAUUGUUAGAAUUUACACCUUGGAAUGGCUCAACAAGAAGAACUUGCCUUUUAAUAGCAUCAGCCAAUGGCUCAUAUUUUUUAUCAUUUACACAACUUUUUGUGCUUCAUUUUCUAGAGAAAUAUCAGGAUUGGACACAGUGUCUUUUCUUUUUCUGACAUUUUUAAUCAUUGGGUUGCAGAUCUGUAUUAUGGUGUUUCUGGCAGUCAUGAGCUCUAGUGCAUUAUUUAAGUUGAAAUCUUCUGAUAUAGCAGCAGUCGUGUACUGUGCCAGUCAUAAGUCUAUUACACUUGGUAUUCCAGUAAUUGAGAUUAUAUUUGAAGGAAACCAGAACAUCAGUUAUCUGGCUACACCUUUGCUAUUAUACAACCCAAUUCAAAUUGUGUUUGGUGGCAUGACACUAACCUACUUUCAGAAAUGGCUAGGCUCUCCAAAGGGAAGCAGGAGACGUUCAAUGACAUAACAAUCUUAAACUGACUCAUAGUUUUGCCAACAUAUCAAUCUCAAGUUUAACAGCAAAAGUCUUUCAAAGUUCACAUGAAUUAUACAUAGGUCUAAUAUAUGUUAAUUAGGCUAAUUUUUGGAGUUUUAAAUAGGCAAUAUUUCUAUUUUCUUAUGAUCCCUGUACCAGUCAGAAGAUCAGUCUGUUUGAGGUUAUUUAUCUGUAUUUUAUGCUAGCCUUAUAUUCAUUGUACAAGUUUUUUGCCUGAGUACCUACAAUGAGAUGAUACCAAUGAUACAUUCAUAAUUAGUAUUAAUGAGUUAGUAAUAUUGACAAGAUACAUGACUACCUACUAACUUUAGUGGAUUGUUAGAUGUUUACAGUGUCUUUGUGAAAUUCAGAUGUGGUAAUCUAUUGAGUAAGUAUUUAAUACAUUAUUUUUCAAUACUUCUACAAUGUAAGCAUUAGACAGAAUUUUAUUUUUAUUAUUGUCACCUAGUCAUUUAGUUACUCUUUAAGCCAGAAUUUUGUUGUUUUUUUUUUUAGCUAAGCCGAACUAAAUUUUUUCUGAAAAAUGUGACUUGUUAUUAUUAAAACUCAUUU